ACUCAUUUCCAUUUCGGCUCCGGAGGGUCUGGUCGCCGCGCAGCCCCGGGCAGCCGCGCCGGCAGCAGGCAGGGACCCGCGGCGCCGCCGCCCGCUCUCCCGCGCUCGCCUAGCAACGCGGCGCCCCGCCGCCCGCCGCCCGCCGCCCGCCGCGGCCAUGGACGGGAGCCGAUGGCCCGGCCGGUGCGCAGCCCUAGCGCUGCUGGCCGCCUGCUGCCUGGCCCGCGGCGGCGGCGCCGAGCGGCAGUUCCUCAACGAGUGGGCGGCGGAGAUCCCGGCGGGCCCCGACGCCGCCAGAGCCAUAGCGGAGGAGCUGGACUACGACCUCGUGGGACAGAUUGGAUCACUCAAAAAUCACUACCUAUUCAGACAUAAAAGCCAUCCAAGACGGUCUCGAAGAAGUGCCAUUCAUAUCACUAAAAGACUUUCUGACGAUGAGCGGGUAUCAUGGGCAGAGCAGCAGUAUGAAAAAAAGCGAACUAAGCGUGCCACCAUGAGAGACUCAGCAGAAAACCUUUUCAAUGAUCCUAUGUGGAAUCAGCAGUGGUAUCUGCAAGAUACAAGAAUAACUCCAUCCCUGCCCAAAUUGGAUCUCCAUGUUAUGCCUGUAUGGCAGAAGGGGAUUACAGGCAAAGGUGUUGUCGUCACAGUACUAGACGAUGGCUUGGAGUGGAAUCACACUGACAUCUACACUAACUAUGAUCCAAAGGCAAGUUACGAUUUCAAUGACAACGAUCAUGAUCCCUUUCCUAGAUAUGACCCAACAAACGAAAACAAGCAUGGGACACGGUGUGCAGGAGAAAUUGCUAUGCAGGCCAACAACAGAAAAUGUGGAGUUGGAGUAGCCUACAAUUCAAAAGUUGGAGGUAUACGAAUGCUGGAUGGAAUAGUCACUGAUGCUAUUGAAGCCAGCUCCAUUGGUUUCAAUCCAGAACAUGUGGAUAUUUACAGCGCAAGCUGGGGCCCUAAUGACGAUGGCAAAACUGUAGAGGGACCCGGAAGGCUGGCACAGAAGGCUUUUGAGUAUGGGAUUAAACAGGGCCGAAAUGGGAAAGGCUCCAUCUUUGUAUGGGCUUCUGGAAAUGGAGGCCGUCAGGGUGACAACUGUGACUGUGAUGGUUACACUGAUAGUAUCUACACUAUCUCCAUUAGCAGUGCUUCUCAGCAAGGCCUUUCUCCUUGGUAUGCAGAGAAGUGCUCUUCAACUCUGGCCACAGCAUACAGCAGUGGGGAUUAUACUGACCAAAGAAUUACAAGUGCUGAUCUUCACAAUGAAUGUACGGAGACUCACACUGGGACCUCUGCAUCUGCACCACUGGCAGCAGGAAUUUUUGCUCUAGCAUUGGAAGCAAACCCAAAUCUAACAUGGAGGGAUAUGCAGCACUUGGUAGUGUGGACCUCAGAAUACGAUCCACUGGCUGGAAAUCCAGGAUGGAAAAAGAAUGGAGCGGGACUGAUGGUCAACAGCCGCUUUGGGUUUGGACUACUCAAUGCCAAUGCAUUGGUAGAUUUAGCUGAUCCCAAAAGAUGGAAAGGUGUACCAGAAAAGAGAGAGUGUAUUGUCAAAGACAAAAGCUUUGAACCAAGAUUAUUAAGAGCAAAUGAGGAAGUCAUUAUUGAAAUUCCCACAAAAGCCUGUGAGGGUCAAGAAAACUCCAUUGCAUCUCUGGAGCAUGUGCAGCUUGAAGCAACAAUUGAGUAUUCCCGUAGAGGUGAUCUUCACGUCACUCUGGUAUCUCCAUCAGGGACCAGCACUGUCUUACUGGCUGAGAGAGAGAGAGAUAAAUCUCCCAAUGGCUUUAAGAACUGGGACUUCAUGUCUGUUCAUACAUGGGGAGAGAAUCCAACAGGCACCUGGGUUUUAAGAAUUACUGAUGUGUCCAGAAGAAUACAAAAUGAAGGAAGGUUUGUAAAUUGGAAAUUAAUUUUGCAUGGCACUGCUACCCACCCUGAACAUAUGAGGCAGCCACGUGUAUACACAUCCUACAAUGCUGUGCAAAAUGACAGAAGAGGAGUGGAGAAGAUGACAGACUUUGUAGAGGACCAUACAACACAGGAGAACCUGAGUGAAAAAACAGAAGUCACAGAAGAUACCAGCAGCAGCAGUGACAAAGCAGCAGAUAAAAUCCCAUCAGAGGCAAUGGUACGUUUGCUGCAGAGUGCUUUUAGCAGACAGAUGGCUCAGAAGCGAUUGCCAAAGAAGACUGCAAGUGAGAAGUCAAAUAUUCCAUAUGAACACUUCUAUCGAGCCCUCGAAAAAUUAAACAAGCCCUCCCAGUUGAGAGACUCAGAAGAAAGUCUAUACAGUGACUACGUUGAUCUUUUUUACAACGCCAAACCAUACAAGCAUAGAGAUGACAGACUGCUGCAAGCGCUGGUUGAUAUUAUAAAUGAAGGAAACUAAACUACAGGGUAUGGCACUGAGUUGGAAAUAUUCAUUCUCCCCACCCUACACGUAGGGUUGUUUUUCUUUCCAAAGUCUGUUGUAUGCU